AUGGGCGGAGAGGGAGCACUGGAGGCUGGCCUCCUUCCUCGCGUGGAGGGCUGGAGGCGCUUAGGUCAAGGGGGAGGGAUUAGGGGUGCCGGAGCUCAAAAUGGUGGAAUCAGUGAUGGUUCUCAGAUGCGGGGAGGGAGCACCGGAGGCUGGCCUUCUUCAUCCUUGCUGGACCUUCCUAAUGACAUGAGGGUGGCUCAAGAGAAGAAAUUGGAAGAACUAAAGAAACGGCAAGAGAAUCAGACUCAAGAGGCCAUGCAACGAACAAUACAGUUGAGGGAUAGAAAGAUAAAGUUUUUUGAGAGGCGAAAGAUUGAGAGGAUGAUAAGGCGUCUUGACAAACAGCAACGGAUAAAUGCUGAUGAGGCCAGCAACAAGCUGGCAACAUUGCGAGAAGAUCUUGAAUAUGUUAGAUUUUUCCCAAAGGAAGAAAAAUAUUUCCCUUUAUUCACCGGGGGUAAUACCCCAGAUAUUGUGGAGAAAAGGAAUACAUGGCGUAAACAGAUCAAGGAGAAUCUCAUCGCUGCUGCAGCAAAUGGAAAGGACUUAGAAGAGACAGCCAGUGACGAUGACACCUUGGAUGUGAGUGAAGAUGACUUCUUUAUGUCUGGAAGUUCAAGUGAUGAAGAGGCAGAUGAUGAGCUUACCGAUAAAAGUACAAAGUAUGAUUCACAACUCUUGGGCAUUGUACUUGCUAUUAGGUUCCCAGUGCUUAGUUUUGAAGUCAAGGGACAAGAGAACCUGGUGCUUCAGGUAGGGCAGCGUCUGCGGCAGAGAGAUGCUCGAGUGCUUAUGCCACCACCUCGCUCAUUACCACCUAAUAGAGCUAGAUCUGCGGAUAAACGUGCGGUGUCCAGCUCUGGCAAUGCUUCGACCAGCACAAGCGGUAACUCGUUCAAAAAUAGAAGAGCAUCAAAUCUUUCUGGAGAUCACAACAGCACUCUGAGUUCAAAUUCUGAUGCUCAUAAGCCACGCCGCAAAAGGAGACCGAAGAAGAAGAAGCAGGAAUGUAUCCACAGGAAAAGAGAAGGGAGAAGUGGUACAGUCGUAUGGAAGGAGAAGGGAAAAGCGAGGGGAGUGCCUGGCAAUGGCGCCACCGCCACAGGGGGAAGGAAUAUGAUGAAACAUCGCUUCUUGAUCGGACGUAUCCUGCGAUGGGAUCGACAGUUCACGCGCCACCACCACCACCAGUUCGACAUGACUUGUGCCAUCAUCAUUCAUCAGCAGACACAAAGCAAAUGUGCUCAUCUGUGA